AUGGCGUGUCGUGUUAGUUCACGACGAGAUGAUUUCAUCGGAGCAGUAGCACGAGCAGGGUUAAGUCCGAAUGUCACUGACAACCAACAGUGUGGCUUGCCCGCUACUGCGGAACAAUCCCAACCUGGUGCCGUGAUUAUAUUCAUCUGCGACCCAUCAAUAACGGCCAAGUACGUCAGCUUGGAUAUUGCAAAUGGUAAAAGGGUUGACCUACACAUCGCUGAGGUGACAGUUCAGCUCACAACAGGUUCAGAUUUACCUCUGAUUGGAAACCCAACUUCACAACACACAACUCGUGGUGAUCAUUUACUUGCUUCCUCAGCAAUUGACGGACAGAUUAACACUUGGAGUGAAACAAAGAGUCAAAUUAAUCCCUGGUGGCGAUUGGACUUAGGUGACGAACACCUUAUUGGCAGAGUCAACGUUACGCCAAGAGCAAAUUGCUGUGGAGACCGUUUCAUUGGUGUGACUGUUCGUGCAGGAGUCAAUUUGACCCAUACUAAGAAUCAACCAUGUGGCUCACCGGCAACUGAGGAACAGUCUGUUGAAGGCGUCAUGGUUGGAUUUAUGUGCGAUCCACCAGUAAAAGCCAAGUAUGUCAGCUUGGAUAUCAAUGCUCGGGGGAAGCUAGAUAUCGCUGAGGUGACAGUGGAAGAGUACAGCGCUGACGUUGGGAACUCCUUAACAACGAUUCCUGUCGAUGCUACUACAGAGGAAAGAGAAACCCCUACAAAAGCCGUAACAACAGUUACCAGUACUGUAGGAGCUGUUACAGAAAAAAAACAAAUUCCCACAAAAGCCGUUACAACACUUACCGGUACUGUACAAGUUACUACAAUGGAAGGUGAAACUUCAACAAAAGUCGUCGAUUACCCCAAAUCCAGGUCAGCAUACUUCAACCGCAUAUACAAAGGUAGCUCCAUUGGGAACCCUGACCCUUUAUCAACUGAAGUAGCUUGGAAUCUCAAGAGGUGUGCCGCACAUUGCGUCGUACAUGAUCUGUGCUACAUCUUUGACUUUGCACCGAGAACAGGCAGAUGUCAUCUCUACAAACUACUCGACAAAGUUACCCCGAAACAUGACAGCGACUUUUCGAUCUAUGAAUUGGCGAAACGUCUCUCUGAGCUAUCCAUUUGUAAGAACUAACAGGGUGGUUUAAUUUAUUGGACAAAGCUUAUUCAGUUUGGAUAAACUAAGGUAAUUAAUUAUUGUUACAGUUUAAGGGAUGUGGAGGGGGCGCCUGUGACGCAUUUUAACACACACGUUAUUUAGUUUAAUUUGUUUGUGUCUUAAACAUAAACAAAAUCGAUGAUCAUAAUAAAAAAUUAUAUUUGCUUUUACUAGCCUUUUACUUAAAUCCUUAUAAAUAAAAGUAAGCCUUAAAUUGCUAGUAAUUGGUCGAACAAGUAAGUAAAAGCACUUGCUUGAGGGACUCUUCUUAUUGAGAUGUAAAUACAACCGACCUGUUACUAUUGUCCUGUAGCAUUUACUUAUAGAUUUAAAAGAUACUGGACCGAUUGAAGGCCAGCAUUAGCUUAAGGUCGAUAAGUAAAAGAUCAGGCAUGAGAAUUUGCUCAAAUCUCUAUAAAUAACCUUUUACUGGAUUAAAUACCAUUUACUUGAACGGAUUAGUAAAUGGUCAGAGAAGAGCACAAUAGCGGGGUAUUCAGGUGUAUAACAAUAGCUGGCAUGGACUCGUAUAUCAAUUGCGAUUAACUGAAAUGCAGGCGGCAGUUUCCACUUUGUCAAGUUUUGAUGGCGGUAGUGGCUGUGAAGAGGAAACUACGGUGGCUGGGGUGGAUUUCACAAAGGUAGUCUUAACUUAGAACUAGUC